GGCAGUGUAUGAGAACAGAGUCAGUUGUGCAUUUCACUGCAUUGAGAGUUUGCAGCCUUUAGUUUGUUUGGUCUGCAUAAUCUCUGACAUCUUUAGUUUAUGCAAACUUUAUGUUCUCUUUUCUGUUUGUGAAUUGAAGUUAUUUCUGUGUUGUCGAGCUGGUGGUUAAAAGUUUCUGGAAUAUAUUUGCUGUUUUCAGAAGAACAAUGAACAGUCUCUUAUUUUUAUUCCUCUUUGGCUUUAUUACUGCACUCACUGCUGCAGAGAUAUGUAAAACAGAACUACUCGAGGGAACGUCCUGCACCAUAAAGCUUCCAACAAAAAACACUGACAAAUCUAAUGAGAUCAAAUGGGUCCAUUUCUCUAGUGAUGACGUAAUUCACAGGAAAAAAGGGAGGAUGAGGAAAACCAUUCCAGGUCUAACAAUGGAAGAAGAUGGAUCAUUAACAUUUGAAAGUGUUAGUCUGAAGAACAGCGGCAGAUAUACAUACUCUGUUUUUAAUGCUGAAGGUACACAGAUUGAUGCUGGAGAAAAGGAAAUUAAAGUUUAUGCAAACGCUCCUAAACCUACUGUGAAGAUCAACAACAAAGAUGGGAUCACUACACUCACCUUUGCAGAGAUAUGUAAAACAGAACUACUCGAGGGAACGUCCUGCACCCUGAAGCUGCCUACAAGAAACAAAGAAAAAUUGAAUGAGAUCAUAUGGGUCCAUCUCUCUAGUGAUGCUGUGAUUCACAGGAAAAGUGGGACGAUGAGGAAAAUCACUCCAGGUCUAACAAUGGAAGAAGAUGGAUCAUUAACAUUUGAAAGUGUUAGUCUGAAGAACAGCGGUAGAUAUACAUACACUGUUUUUAAUGCUGACGGUACACUGACUGAUGCUGGAGAGAAUGAAAUUAAAGUUUAUGCAAAGGCUCCUAAACCUACUGUGAAGAUCAGCAAAAAAGAUGAUGUUGUUACUCUCACCUGUGACUUUGGAGACCGUACAGAUCUGACCUUAUCCUGGUAUAAAGAAGAUAAUAUCAUCCAGAAUGAAAACAACCCAAAACUUCUCUUGACAUCUGCUCAAGUACAGGAGAAUAAACCGUACUCCUGCAGUGUGAGUAAUCCUGUCAGCAAAGAGCAAAGCAACAGGAAAAGAGUAUCAUUUGCAGAGAUAUAUAAAUCAGAUCUACUCGAGGGAACGUCCUGCACCCUUCAGCUGCCAACAAGAAACACUGACAAAUCUAAUGAGAUCAAAUGGAUCCAUCUCUCUAGUGAUGCCGGGAUUCACAGGAAAAAUGGCAAGAUCAGGAAAAACACUCCAGGUCUAACAAUGGAAGAAGAUGGAUCAUUAACAUUUGAAAGUGUUAGUCUGAAGAACAGCGGCAGAUAUAGAUACACUGUUUUUAAUAAUGAAGGUACACAGCUUGAUGCUGGAGAAAAAGAAAUUCAUGUUUAUGCAAACGCUCCUAAACCUACUUUGAAGGUGAACAAAAAAGAUGGGAUCACUACACUCACCUGUGACUUUGGAGACCGUACAGAUCUGACUGUAUCCUGGUAUAAAGAAGACAAUAUCAUCCAGAAUGAAAACAACCCAGAACUGCUCUUGACGUCUGCUCAAGUACAGGAGAAUAAACCGUACUCCUGCAGUGUGAGCAAUCCUGUCAGCAAAGAGCAAAGUGACAGGAGAAGAGCAUCACCCUUAAAGAUGUGCAUACAAGACCUACUAGAGGGAUCGUCCUGCACCAUCCAGCUGCCAACAAGAAACAAAGAAAAACCUAGUGAGAUAAGAUGGACCCAUCUCUCUAGUGGUGACUUCAUUCACAGGAAAAAUGGGACGAUCAGGACAAGCACAACAGGUCUAACAAUGGAAGAAGAUGGAUCAUUAGUAUUUGAAAGUGUUAAUCUGAAGAACAGCGGCAGAUAUACAUACACUGUUUUUAAUGCUGAAGGUACAUUGAUUGAUGCUGGAGAAAAGGAAAUUAACGUUUAUGGUAAGAUUACAAAUAUUUGUACCACCCUAAUUACAUAA